AUGAUGUCUUCGCAAAUUUUAGUGUCUCGCCCUUAUUUUGACACGCGGGUAGCGGCGCAGAAUGGCUCACAGCCGCCGGUCACAAACCCGGAGACCGCCGUUAAAGAAAGCGUGUACGCGGGUACAUCCGCCGGUCUGGCCACGGCGGGCUACCGGAGCGCCAAAUACACCCCUGAGGAGUGGCUCGCCAAUAACUCUGCUCUGUUAAACCGGUCCGUCGCGGACCGGGAUCACGCGGAGAGGAUUUGCACCGAGUCCAAAGCGCUGAAAGCGGAGACCGACGCCGGGACUUUACGCACGCAGACCGCGGGCACCAAACACCUGGGCAACCGGCUGCAGGACAUCCACCGCUGGAGGUCCGAGCUGGAGCAGCUCAUCGAGCGGCUGGUCGCGGAAACGGACCUGCUGACGGCCUCCAGGCGGCGGCUGGAGAAAGCGCUGGACGCCACGGAGAUUCCCUUCGCCAUCGCCACUGAUAACCUCACCUGCCGAGAGAGACGCUUCGGGCCGGACCUGGUGGAGGACCAGGUGGAAGAAGAACUUCUUAAGGAAGUGGAGCUGAUCAGAAGCAUUCAGGCCUUGCUGAAAAAAACUCUGGAUCAAACUGUGGACCAGAUAAGGCUGAACCGGGAGAUGAAGCAGACUCUUGAGUUAGACUGGUCUGAUAAACAGCAUGCCUACAGUCUGGAUGACCAGUGUGGACGCUUUAACAACAGGAGCACCGACACACAACGGCAUCCCAGCUCAGCCGUGCUGCAGGACCAGGUGUGCGAUGAGGAGGUUUGGCGUAGGUUUACUCGGGAUAACCUGCGUCUGGCGGAGAGAGAGGAGGUGGCGAGCCAGGCCUUGAGGCGGCUGAUUGAGAGAGUCCUGCAGGAGACUUCUGAGGACCUACGGGCACAGUGUGCUGCUGUAGAUCAGGCCUUCAACCAGCGCUGCAUGGAACUGAGCCAAGCCAAAACACAGCUGGAGCUCCACCUGGCUCAGAUUCUAGAGCAGAUUGGGGCUCAGGAGAGGAAUAUCUCAUACCUGCAGCAAGCUGUGUAUGAUAAAGAAGCUCCUCUCAGAGUGGCUCAAUCUAGACUGCAUUACCGAACCUUCAGACCCAACAUGGAGCAGUGCCGAGACCAGCCCCAGCUCAGUUUGUUAGGUGAGGUGUCAGAGCUCAACAGUACAGUAGCAGCCCUACAGCAGCAGCUGUAUGAAGCACGCAAAUCUUUGUCGGACCUGGAAGAAAGCAGACUGUCCCUGGAGAAAGACAUCUCUUGCAAAACAAACUCCCUCCUCAUCGACCGAGAGAAGUGUAUGAUGCACCGCACACGCUACCCUUCUGUCACAGUGCUGUCUGGAUACUGAUACAGUGUCAUAAUAUCCACUUCUGAAGAGCAGG